UUCUUUUUUUUUUUUUUUUUUUGCUCGCGUGACUUCUGAUCUGGAAUUGUCUGCUUGCUGUAUGAGCCUUUUCAAGCCAGCAGUAUCUCCGUGCACAUCGAUCAUUCAAUCAUGGCUUCAGCUGAACCUGACCUUCCCCACAACAAACUCCGCGACAUCAUCAUCAUCGACAGUUCAGAUACAGAGGUGGAUGAGCCGCCGUCCCUGCCACGAGAGCCACGAGAGCCACGGGAGAAGAGACCCUGCACAGAUGACAGCUAUCCAGCGCACGAGGCUUUAUUUGACAACCUAGUAUCCUUGGAAGCAUCCGAAACGUCGCAGCCACGGAAGAAACAUAAAAUAUCCAGCUUGGACAUGGUUUUGGAAACAGCAAACCAGAAAAUCCACGAGGUUUGGGAAGCAGAGCAUGCAAAGAUGAAAAAUCCGGAAGAAAAAGUGCAACACCUGCUUGUGGAAAUGAUUAGGAAAGAUGAGCAGAUCAGCGAGCUUGAGGCCAAAAUCCGCGAGCUGGAGCAUCGAUGUCAAUGUUCAAUAUGUUACACUAUCCCGCUGGAAUGGAAAACCCUUCUAUGUGGACAUAGGUUUUGCUCACAAUGCCUUUCUUCUGAUGCAAUGACCUGUGGGUCAUGUCGCCAGAAUAUCACUGGUUAUAUCAAGAGUUACUAGAUAGAGAAUACACUGGCUCAAUCAAAGCACCAGCUUUCUAUCUAUCAACAAGUCUCAUGCAGUUAUGUGAAUACCAUCAUCCCUCUUAUAGGGUAAUGUACAUCACAAGAUGAAGUUUAAGAUGCAGCAAAAUAUUGCGGAGAAAGAAGAGAUAGAUUUAUUUAAAAUAUUAAGAUUAAUGAGAUGCAAA